AUGGAUCUCGACGAAGAUCACCUACCCAUGUACCCAUCAAUUGCGACGCUCGACAUCCACGGUGUGGAAGCUGAUCCUAAUCUUGUAGUCACAGCACUGAUACCUUUAGAGAGCCAACCACAGCCUGGGUGGGGAGUGUGGCCUGAUGUCUGUGACGAUCCUGAGGUAUCAUACAUGGAGCAACUUAUUGCUGACCGUCAGCCGUUCACAAAGUCUAUGUGGCCCGGUGGAGAUACUUCUGAACCUUUCAUCAUUUUCCCAACCGUUGUCGAGAUAAUUCCCCCCAAAAAUCGCACCACAAGAUCAAGGAAACCACAAGGAAACCAUCUUAAACUGAGACAUUCCAACAAGAAAGCUUCGUCUUCCCGUAAUCAGAGACGCAUCAGCACAUACUUCUCCAAAGCUGCUGCCCCAAACAGUCAACACGAACAGCUUUUGGGAAUCCUUACUGAUCUCUCAUCAAACUACUCCAAACUUCAUGAAGAGUACCAGAGUUUGCACAAAUUGCUGAAACGAAGGAAGCGUCGUAGACAUUGCAAGCGGUCAUCAUUUCACUCUCUGCUUGCUUCUUCCAAGACAUGCACCCGAUCAGACAAAGGUACUCAGACGGACCCUGCACAACACUAUGUUCAGAAGCAGUGUUCACCUAUUGUCCCCGUACAGACAUCUGAUGCUUCUGCCAACAUCGUUGUAAGUUUACAUCAUCUUGUAAGUAAUUUUAGCAUGAAAUCUUCAUCUCUAUCCCUCUGUCUUUUACAGCUUCGCUCUUCUAUGGAAGUAGAUGAUCCUGCAGAACACUCCCCACUGAUCAGCCAGUACGGUGCACAACACUAUGUUCAGAAGCAGUGUUCACCUAUUGUCCCCGUACAGACAUCUGAUACGGUUGAAAUCACACCUGAACACAACAAGUUCCCCGUACACAAUACGGGUGUGAUCAACUCACAGCUCCACCAGCCAAGCUUGGAGCUUGUUCAGGGGUCUCCUAACACAUGUUCUGCCUUGUAUGACACCAGCCCAGCUCCACUCAAUCUUGUUGACUCUCCAGCACCCGAUCCCACUAGCCCUAUUUUUGCGCAUAAUCACAUGAACUCUCCCAUUCUUGGGGACCCAAUCACACCCACCCAGCCGAAAUAUGACUCCUCAGCACACACCGCAUCCCGCAGGGCAUGCCUUUUCCCAUUGUCCCCCCUCCUUUUCACGCCAGAAAAUUCUCCCAAUAAGAGUUCAGAUAAAAUUUCGGGCUUCGCUGUACAUGCAGCAUCUCUUAAUGCAUUCUCAGCAACCGCUACAUCAAAACCAACCGUAUCCACAUCUCUGAAUACCGAAGAGGCCGUGGAGGUUAGUGACGGCUCUCCAGCAAGGCACGCUCCCAGUCAUCUGCCAUGCAUGGAGGAAAACUACGUUGCCAAGGAACUAUACCGAUGUCCAACAAUCCCAGCUCCUGAUCUUAUUUGCCCACUCCCUCAGAUACAAUGGGAUAUUUUCGAAAGAUCAAUAUCAAAGUUCGGGGAUGCGUUUCAUAUCACACGCACCAACUUUGCUUUCUCUAACAAGUUUCUCCUCGAUCUAGCUGUGCCUCAGGAAUGGACUACAACAUAUAUGGAAACAGAGCCCCAUUUGUUUAAAUGGGAAGACGAGGCUUUUCUGGACGAAAUUAAACUGGUCGAUGCCAAGCGUCUUGAUCUUCUCCACGAUGUUCAACAAAUUUCCAAAAGUUUCAGGGAGCAGCUAGCUGCACAGGAAUCUCGUCUGGAAGAUAUGAAACAAGAAUUUGAUGCAAAAUUUGAGGCGGUAAACAUCAAGCACUCGGACCUGCUAAAGGUAUCACAAGGACUUGACGGACAACCAAUUCUCCUCAACACCCCAACUACUGCAGUGCACACUGGCUCGAUGCAGAACAUUGCUGUUACCAUUGCAGUACUUGGAGCUAUGGCAUGGUUUUAUUUUAAACUAGCUUGA